UUCGUCUCAAUUGAGGCUAAUCGCGGUGAGAUUUGGUCCUAUUCAUGGAAACCUCACACCAUCACCUGUCACGGAACAACCAAACUCGUACGCUUUCCUAGUGCCAAGUCGUCCAUGAUUCCUCUUUCCAUAUGUUCGACCUACUUCAUCCGAUUCGUAUGCACCCACUUCUAAUCUCUAAUAGCUUAGUCACUGCUCAGAAUAAGGGGAAGAUUCGGUAAUUACAGCCAUGAUGAUGCUUGGGAGAGGGCGAUGUCCGCAGGGUCCAAAUACAUGCAGCACUUGAGCUGCACUGUUGCAUUAGACCCUGGGUAUUUAAACAGAGAUGAUUCCACAUACUGUACCUUAUUUCCUACAGACAAUUUUUUAACACAUUCUUUUGAGAAACUCUGACUUUAUCUUCACCACUCUAUCGCAAACGCGUACUAUUACUCGAUUAUUGAAAACUUUUCAAUAUCACCGUUUCUUCAACUCUCGGCAUCGAAACAUGCGUUGUUUUCUGACGAAGGCGGUACUGCUCGCUCUCGCCACCUUGGCAAUCGCUGAUGACAGAUGCACCAAUGGACCAUUUGUCAAACAUCCACCCCAAGGCGGUGAAUUCAUUCCGAGACUCGCAUGCCACACCAAAUGGGACAACGGCGAGGUCAUUGUCGGAGUGGAGGCCUGGGCUUCAAAAUGGCAAAUGCGGGGCAUUCGAUUCAAGUACUCGCAAUGGGGAUGGGGCGAAGUUCAUGGCAGCAUGGACGCUGACGCGAGACAUGAAAAAUCCGAAUGGAGUGCCUCUGAGCAAGUCAACAUCAAAGUUUGGAACAACAAACCGGACGAUGGCAAUCCCGUAGAUGCGGUCGGCAGGAUUCGCAUUGAAGGUAACAACGGCCGACAGAUCUUCGAUAUCGGUGCCAAUGGCGGAAAGACGGCAAAAAAUGAAAACUACGGCGCCGAUAUGGGCAGCGGCAUCAUCCUCGGAGCCCAAACUUUUGCUGGAUUGUGGCUCAACUACGUCGAAUUCAACAUGUUACGAUCGAAAGUCAAGAAAGCAGAGCUUGUUGACGUCAAGUACGGCCAAUCACUUGCGGACCUGAAUAAGAAGCAAGAGGGCAUUGAUAACGCCAGCCUCAUGACCAUGUACUUUGUCAAUGACAACCCAGUAAAUGGCUCAGGCAUGAUCUACGAUGUAGCAAGAGACGAAGAGGUGGAAACCGAGCAGACCAUCACCACCGAAACGACUAACGAAUGGACAACCGGAGUUGAGGUCACCGUCGGCGCUUCAGUUGGAAUCCCGCUUAUAUCCGCAAGUGCCGAAACAACAACAAGCGUUGGAUUUAGAAACGAAGAAUAUAAAAAAGACGAGAGUAAGAGGAGGGAGCUCGUCAAAAUCGGGUGGAAGUUCAGGUGUGACCCCAACAAACCCCUACCCCCUCAACAAGCUGUCAAAUGUACCGCAAAGGCUUUUAGAGGCGAGUUCGACAGCAGCUACGAGGGCCAUGUCGAGGUCGAAUUGGUAGACGGGACGAAAUACAAAUACAAAGAGACGGGUACUAUGAGGAGUGUCAGCUACAUGGAGUCGGUAAAUACAUGCUCACCCAUUGAUAUCAAGAAGGUUCCAGGUAGCAAUGAGCUUGGCGACCAUGAGGAAAUUGGCAGUGCCAAGGAGCUAAAGAAGAGGAGCAUCCGCCACUCACGAGUCUAUCGUGGGUAG